AUGAAUGGAGAAACCUAAUCUUACUUCAAUUAUUAGAUGUUUAACUACUUGAAUAACUAGAAUGUUAAUAUUUAUUUACACGCAGGAGAAACCCAAUUCUUCCCUCAAGGUGGCAUAGAUAAUCAUUACACUAACAAAAACUACAUCAAUGAUAACCUAUUUCAUGCAGCUCUUCUUCCUGGAGUUAAGAGAAUAGGUCAUGGUUUUGAAGCCUACAAGAAUAAUUUGCUUUUGAGUAUCAACAAUAUAAAGAAUAUUCAUUCUAACCUUGCCCUAUUUCCAAUUAAGUACAACUAUUCAACGAAGUCUACACCAACCCAUUCUUAAAUCUCUUAAGAAAUGGCUUGCACAUGGCGAUUUCCCCUGACGAUCCAGGUCUCUAUGGUUACAUAGGUGUUGCUAUGGAUUGGUUCUACGUCUUAAUGGAGACUGAUGUUGAGCCCAGCGAAGUUUACUUGA